UCGUCUCUCGGGGGUAAGAAAAGCUCUCAUCUAAUCUUCUUUUUAGAUCUUUACGAUUAUUGAAUUUUACUGUUUCUGCGAUCAUCAUCAAUCAAAAAGGUUUUAUAGUUGAUUGAGAAAAACAUGGGAGGUGACAACGACAAAGGCUUUCAUGGGUAUCCUCCCGCUGGAUACCCGCCGGGUCCUGGGGCUUAUCCACCUGCUGGAUACCCACAACAAGGCUACCCUCCACCACCUGGUGCUUACCCACCUGCAGGUUAUCCUCCUCCGGGUGCAUACCCACCUGCGCCUGGUGGUUAUCCUCCAGCACCUGGUGGUUAUCCUCCAGCCCCUGGUUAUGGAGGUUAUCCUCCUGCACCUGGUCAUGGUGGUUACCCUCCUGCUGGCUAUCCUUCUCAUCACUCUGGUCACGCAGGAGGAAUUGGGGGUAUGAUUGCAGGUGCUGCUGCGGCCUAUGGAGCUCACCACAUAGCUCAUAGCUCUCAUGGCCCUUACGGACAUGCUGCAUAUGGUCACGGCUUUGGCCAUGGUCAUGGCUAUGGUUAUGGUCACGGAAAGUUCAAGCAUGGGAAGCACGGAAAGUUCAAGCAUGGAAAGCAUGGAAUGUUUGGAGGAGGCAAGUUCAAGAAGUGGAAGUGAUCUAACUAAAAAACCUUUUGUGAAUCUCUCUGGACUGACCAAUGUUUCAAAAUAAGCCCUAAACAUUAUGUAAGGUGACUUUCGUCGGUUAGAGAUCGCUGGCUUGAGUUGGAAAUAAUUUAAACUUAAUUAGUUAUCAAAUCUUAUUGUGUACUGUGAAGCUAUCUAUGGCGUCAUAAUGACAGAUUCUGGUUUCGGUUUAUGGUUUUGAGAAUUCUAUAUAUUGUCAUUUUGUGUACU